GCCCGCUCCUCUGUUCUCAUUCUCCUUCUCUGAAAACAUGAUCCUUUAAGUAUUUUUCCAUUGGCCGUGUCGAUCGAUGAUGACCAAUACUAUUCAAACAGCCCCUUCAUCUUCUUCUUGUUCUUCGCCUCGAAGAAACUACGAUGUUUUCCUCAGUUUCCACGGCAAGGACACACGUAAGAAUUUUACGGCCCAUCUGUAUAAAUCUUUGACACGGGGAGGAAUUUUUGCUUUCAGGGACGAUGAAGAACUAGAGCGAGGAGAAUAUAUUUCUGAAAAGCUUUUGAAAGCAAUUGAAGAAUCUAAGUUUGCAAUUGUAGUUCUCUCACGAAACUACGCUUCUUCGAGAUGGUGCUUGAUUGAACUCGCCAAGAUCGUCGAAUGCAUGGAAAAGACGGGGCUGACAGUCUUACCAGCUUUCUACCAUGUGGAUCCCUCUCACGUUCGAAACCAGGCGGGUAGUUUUGCCGACGCUUUCACUGAACAUGAAAAAAAUUCCAGAACUUCCAGAGAAGUUAUGCAAACGUGGAAAACUGCUUUGCAGAAAUUGGGUAGUAUCGCUGGAUGGGAUUUACGUGAUAGGGAUGAGUCGAAAGUUAUUGAAGAGAUCGUAGAAGAGAUACAUGCUAAAUUAAAUUCUACAUUCUUGACUGUUUCCAAGAAGCUUGUUGGAAUAGACUCUCGUCUAGAGGAAUUGAUGAAUUUAUAUUUAAAUAUUAGGCCCGAUGAUGUUCGCUUUCUAGGUAUCUGGGGGAUGGGUGGUAUUGGGAAGACCACUCUUGCACGUGCUGUUUAUGACAAAAUUUCUAGUCGAUUUGAAGUUAGUUGCUUUAUUGCCAAUGUUAGAGAAAAAAGUGGAGGAAAUGGUCUUGCUGAUUUACAAAAUCAACUUCUUUCCGAUCUCUUCAAGGAUAAGAGUAGUGACAUAAAGGAUGUCGACAUAGGAAAAAACAAAAUUAGACACAGACUACGUCAUAGAAGGGUUCUUGUUGUUGUGGAUGAUGUGGAUCAAACCCAACAAUUAGAAGCAUUAGCAAUUGAGCGCGAUUGGUUUGGUCGAGGCAGUUUAAUCAUUAUAACAACAAGAGAUACGAGUCUAUUUAUAGAACGUGGAUUGGCUGAAGAUGAAAUAUAUAGGGCUAAACAAUUGGACGAUGAUGAAGCUCUCCAACUCUUUAGUUGGAAAGCCUUCAAGAAUGACCUCCCUCUAGAAGGUUUUGUAGAACUUUCCAGGCAGAUUAUACAUUAUGCUAAUGGCCUUCCUUUAGCUCUGGAAGUUUUGGGUCUAUUCUUAUGUGGGAAAAAUGUAAAUUCUUGGAAAGAUGCUUUAGGAAGAUUAAAAGAAAACCCCAAGAAAGAAAUUGUGGAUACACUUAAAAUAAGUUUCGAUGCACUCGAGGCAAACGAGCAAAACAUUUUCCUGGAUGUUGCAUGUUUCUUCAAAGGGUGGAAUUAUGCUGACGAUGUCAAGAGCAUACUAGAAAGUUGCAAUUAUCACCCAAGCAGCGGUAUAGAGAUUCUUAUCAGUAAGGCUCUCAUAACAAUCAUGGGAGGAGAACUGGGGAUGCAUGAUCUACUCCAAGAAAUGGGUCAUGAAAUUGUUCGCCGCCAAUCUCGGGGAGAUCCUGGCAAACAGACCAGAUUGUGGCUUACUAAUGAUAUCAUCCGUGUACUGAAGAACAACAGUGGAACAAACAGGAUCGAAGGCAUAGUCCUAAGCUCUCCUCCAAAAGAAGAAUUACACUUAAAUUCUGAGGUCUUCUCGAAGAUGAAGAACUUAAGAUUGCUCAGGAUCAAAGGUAAUGUGCACAUUUCUCAAGGCCUUAGUUAUCUUUCUACAGAGUUGCGGGUUAUACAGUGGUGCGGAUAUCCUUCAAAUUCUUUGCCAAUGAGUUUCCGAUCACCUAAUAAACUCGUUAUGCUGGCUAUAUGUUGUAGCCACAUUGUGAAACUAUGGAAGGGAAUUGAGAGUUUAUACAAGCUAGAGUAUGUUGACCUUCAUAACUCUCAGUACUUGCUGGAGACCCCGGACUUCACUAAUGCCCCAAAUAUUAAGAAGCUGAUUCUUCGAGGCUGUACAAAAUUGCGUAAUCUCCACUCAUCAGUUGGAGCUCUAAAACGCCUUAUUUUUCUGGAUUUGGAAGGUUGCACAUCUCUUACUAGCCUUCCCUGUAACAUUAGUUGGGAUUCCCUAGAAAUUUUGAUUCUUUCUGGCUGUACGAGACUUAGGAAGUUUCCAAAAACGAUGGGAAAUAUGAAUUGUUUGCGGCAACUUGAAUUCGACCGGAAUGCAGUAGUAGAACUUCCAUCAUCAAUUGGGCAUUUAAUUGGCCUUACUUCUUUGAGUUUGAGAGGCUGCAAAAGCCUCUUGAGUCUUCCGAGUGCUAUUUGUGAUUUGACAUCUCUUAAAACUCUCGAUCUCUCUGAUUGUUCAAAACUUGAGAAAAUGCCCGAGGGACUAGGGAAGUUGGAACAUCUAGAGGAGCUCAAUAUGAAUGAAACCGCUAUAAGGCAAUUUCCAUCCUCCAUUACACGUCUACGAAAUCUUAAAAUGUUGUCCUUCCGAGGAAGUUCAGGUCCACCUAAAUCGUUUCUCAACCUAUUCGUAACUUGUCUUUUGGGGAACCCCGACACUGGUUUGGUAUUGCCUACUUCGUUCUCAAGCACUCAAUGGAGCUUGAACAAAUUAAAUUUGAGUUACUGCCAUUUAAUGGAUGGAGCAAUUCCCGAUGACCUGAGUGGUUUGUCAUCAUUGCUAGCUCUAGAUCUAAGUGGAAACGAUUUCACAUUCUUACCUGAAAGCAUCUCUAAACUUCCUAAGCUUAGUUUUAUUUUCUUGGGACACUGUAGUAAGCUUCGAUCAAUACAAGAACUUCCGUCGCGUAUAGUCUGCGUUGAGGCUGAAGGUUGUAUCUCAUUGGAAACACGUUCUGAUAAAAUCCAUACAUUGGUAUCAGAUGAAACUGGAUUAGCUUUUCUAUGUGGGACCCGUAAGCCAAGCCGAUCGAAAGAAGGACAACACGACCGCCUAUUGAAUGAAAGAAGAACCAUUCAGGCAAACAUUGAUCUUGCCAGAGUCACGUGGGGUGGUUCAAGAGGAGGAGGAAUUCCAAUGUGGUUCCAGAAUCAGAGUAUGGGUUCCUCGAUUACAAUCCGGUUGCAGCCGGAUUUGGAUGAUGGUAGAAAGUGGUUGGGUUUUGCUCUUUAUUUUUUCUAUGAAAUCCAUGACCUAGAAAGUUGGGAGUCAACACGGUUUGAUUGCGAAGACCUUGUGUUUUAUUUUGUUACCGAUGAAGGUCCUCUCAAAGCCUCCCUAAGCUACGGUUAUAAAGUCUCCGAUACUAUUGAUACACCGGCAGGACAUUGGAUAUAUGUACCACGCAAUUGGCUUGAGAAAAUUUCUAACGAGGUGAAUACAUGGAGUUACAUUACGGUUUCAAUUACGAUUGGCAGUCCAUUCAUGAAGGUGGAAAGGUGCGGGGCUCAUCUAAUAUACGAGCAAAAUGCCCAUGAGUUUAUCGAUGCAGUUUUAUCCUCUAAGAAAAUGACUCUCAAAAUUUGCGAUGGAAAGGGCAAUUUCAAAUUCCAGAGCUCUUCCCGAAGUAGCUAUCCAGGUGGUUCCCGUAUUUCCUUUCUAGGCGUGGCUAGGCCAAGGAAUGUUGGUGAAGUAGAAUCUAGUGGGUCCAAUCUAUUGGAUAAAGGUUUUACCUCAAAUGAAAUGUUAGAAUGCACCUCAGAGAAUUCAAUCAGUACGUGUUCUACUGAGCACCCAGGCUGCAAUAUUGACAGUGACUCGACCAACCGUCUGAAGUCCUUACUUCUCAGAUGCUAUGAGGUAAACUAUGCAAAACGCAAGAUGCACAAGUAUGUUUUUCCCAUAAGUGCAUCCCCGCUAUGGUUCACAGUUCAUGGUAUGGGGCCUGUGGUUAGUGUCGACCUGCCUCCGAAUUUAUAUGAUGAUAAGGGGUGGGUGGGAUUUGCUGUAUCUGUUAGUUAUGUUAUCCGCGACCAGACAAGUGUUUCCCGCAACAUCUUUGGUCAUUUGGAUGCAUAUGAUGAUGAUCUCGAAUGCUUUUUUGUCUUCCCCUCAACCCCAGACACGAUCGUUGCUGGGCCAAGUAGAAUUUUUCUGUUCCACUUACCUCGUGUCUUUUUCACUGAUAAGUUGAAUCAAAGGAGGAAGAUCCGAGCUUCAUUUGUAACCGACGAUCAAAAUAUGGAGGUUGUAAUGUGUGGAAUCCGUUUAGUAUACAAGAAAGACUUGAUUGGGCUUGUCCAUACAAUAGUAGACUGCGUAUUAAGGAGUCCGGAAAUCCACCUUCAAAGCUAUCUCCGAAGUUUUGAAAAUCAAGUCAAUAAUCUACCAAACUAUGUUUAUGAUGAGGCUGUAUCCAGUGAAUGCAAUCCAAUAUUAAUACCAAGAGAAUGGCCGCCAGGUUCUUUUUGUUACUUCUCAACGGAAAGGAGGAAUCAAUACUUUGAAAUGCUUCCAUCAAGUAGUGAAGAACAGAUCAAUUAUUACUUAUUUGAGAAAUGCCUUACUCAAAUAAUUGUUGCAAGGGAUUCAAAAGAUUCGAAUUCCAAUCAUAUUAUUCAGGCUGGAGCAGCGUAUUUGAAUGAACUCAGCAAAGGAGAUCCUGCAAAAGCCUCUCAUGUGAAUUUAGUUCUAAAUCACUUGCAGGACACACAUAUUAAUAAAUUCCAUCCUUACAACAAUUGUUUUCUGCAAUGUGAGAUUCCGGAUUACUUCUGCUGUCAAGCCUGUCAUGUUGGUUCAUCAGUAGCGUUUCGUUUACCUCAAAACUUGAAUAAAAAUUAUGAUUGGAUUGGAAUAGCUUUAUGUGUUGUUUUCACUAUCAACAAGAAUAAUGAACCUCUCAUCCACGACAAUCCGGCGGGCUCCGAAAUUUCUUAUACCCUCUUAUGUCAUUUGACAAGAAACACAAGUUUGGAGAUGUUAAUUUCCCAUGGUAUAACUACCAGGUCCGGAAACAAUAGUUUCAUUUGGCUAUUGUAUAUUCCACGUGAUGCUUCAUUUUCAGAAAGUUUGAACGAAUGCGAUCACAUCCACGCCUUAUUUUAUAGCAGUAGCCCAGACUUGAUUGGGCAGAAGUGUGGGCACAAGUUUGUAUAUUUGGACAACAUGGCAGAGUUAGUUGGAACAAUAGCUCAAUGUGCAGCCACGUCUCCUCACAAUUCUGGGCUCAUCAAUCAUCAGUUCGAAGGAGAUGAUCAAGAUAGGAGUAAUAGGCAAUGUCGUAUUAAUGAUCAAGAGGAAACCAGCAAAAGUGAUAGCUCCGACGACGAGAUAUCAAGAGGAACCAGGAUAAAGGGAAAGAGUGGUAGUCAUCUCAGCAAACUGAACCAAAAGAUAAUAAAAUGUAUAAAUUUUCUGCAUAAUCUCAGGAAGGAAUUUCAUUUCUUCUUUGCAUCUGAUCAUUGUUUCCCUCCAAGUGAGACUCCAGAGUUCUUAACCUAUCUCGGCAUAGGACCUUCAGUGACAAUGGAGCUACCUACAAAUAUGCAUAAUGAUUCUGCAUGGGUGGGACUUCUUAUUUGUGCUUCGUUUACAUUCCAAGAGAAUCAAAUUGAAUUUCUUGAAAGUCUAGAAUCUGAAAUUCCUCACCACCUUAUAUGUUUUUUUGACACGGAUAUACAUAGUUUGAGACCUAUCCAUGUAUAUCGCACUGCCAAGCAAGAAUUCAAGUGGUUACAUUUUUUAAAUGGGUUUAUUUGGCUAUCCUAUAUACCAAUUUGGUGGCUUCCAAAUGGAAUACAGUGCUGCAAUCACAUAGAGGUUUCGAUUAUGAGCGACUGGCCUGGCUGGAUUGUGAACAAUUGUGGUCUCCGUUUCCUUUCUAGUCAAGAUUUGGGAGAUUUUAUGCAAUUACUGCUCCCCUUCCAGGUCUCAUUUUUUGACAAUUGGGGUCUCUUUCAAAAAGAAAUAUUGGAACAAGAUUCUACACAACUAGAACCAUUCUCGAAUCAAACAGAUCAAGGAUGCACUUCAAUAGACUCAGGUUUUGCUAGUGAUGUUGAGUCUCACCCCACAUUGGCAAAGAACCAAGUCUACAUUUUGGAAACAUCAACCAUCUUUCUCAAAAGAAAACUUGGGACUCUGUUUUCAACACUCUUUGAGGGGCUUCAAAACGAUUAUCAUGGAUAUUUCUUUCCUCAAGGUGAAAUGCCACCGUGGUUCAAUAAUCGAAAUGAUGGACCCUCAAUAGAAAUCCAGCUGCCAUCGAAUUUGUAUAAUGACAAGAGCUGGAUGGGAUUUGCUAUAUGUGCUAUUUUGGGUCGUCCAGCUGACUCUCGCAACAAUUCAAAUCCUAAAACACCUGCCGGUUGCAUUCUUCAUUUGGAUAGCAAUGAAGGUUGUUUGAAACCUGACCUAGUCCUUAGCAUCCCCAGAUCCAAAUUGUUGAACUCAGACCAAUUACUUGUCGUACAUUACGUAUCACCAACGAUUCUUCCCAGUAAGCUAAACCAAUGGAGUCAUGUUAAAGCUAUAGUUGAAUGCAACAUCCCAAGUGUGGAGACUCAAAUGUGUGGGAUACGACUAAUGUACAAACAAGAUGUGGAAGGGUUUGUUCAAACAACAGCAGAGUGUGCAGUAGCUAUUCCAAACGGCCAGCUUUGCUACUAUUAUCUAUCUUUCGUAGAUAAAUUGAAAUUUCUGAAAACCCGUGAUAAUAGAACUAAAUUCAAGGAGCGCAACUUUUAUGCAUGUCACUCUCCCAUAAUUGAAAGUAGGCGCUUUCAAUCCUUGCCAAAGCCGCCAUCUAUCUGUAAACGUGAUGUACAUCAAGAAUGUUCUUCAUCAAAAACAUUCUCGAAUGAAAGAGUUUCAAAGAGCACUGCUUCAGGAAAUGGUGCUGAAAUAGUUCUACCACCUGGGUAUCUAGACUGCACCAGUGACUCAGUUUUCUCAUUGAAAACUGAUUUUGAGUACUUCCUUCAAAAAGGCGUCACGGCCUUUAAUCUAUCCGCCACAUCCUGUAUAAGUACCGCUUUUUUGCCUCAGACAAAAGUUCCGGAGUGGUUCAACCAUCAAAGUAGGGGGCCGUUAGUGAAUAUCCAGCUACCUCCAAAUAUCAUGAAUGAUAGAAAUUGGAUGGGGCUUGCUCUAUGUGCUACCUAUUCAAUCCACGAUGAUCAAUAUCCGACUGAUCUCUCUCGUGAAAAUCCUAAUUCCAAUGUUUCUCACAAGCUUUUUUGUGGAUUGGUUACUGAUUUAGGUGUGUUGAUGCCUCCCAAUGUCAUUAGCCUUACUAAAGAAAAAUGCAUGUGGCUUUAUCUACGUGGAUUUCUUUGGCUAGCCUACAUACCACGUCGGUUUCUUAGAGAUGGCUUGUACAACCUAUGUAGUGAGAUUAAGGCUUUCUUUGGAAGCAAUUGCCCUAAGUUGACAGUUCAAAGCUGUAGCCUCCGUCUCUUAUACCGUCAAGAUAUGGAAGAGUUUGACCAAACAUUUCUCAAGUGCUAUACCCCGCCUUACCAGUACCAAAACCGCGAGGUCUUCCAUAGAAACUUUGAAUACAGUUCUUGUUUCCUUCCAUGUGGAAUAACGGAGUGGUUCAACUAUCACAGCAACGAGCCCUCAGUGGGAUUUGAGUUACCUCCUGAUUUUUAUAAUGACAAUAAUUGGCUGGGGCUUGCCAUGUGUGCUUCUUUUUGGGUAUACGAGGAUGAUUAGGCUGCCCAUGUUAAAAUGUUGGAUUUAGGAAAUCCUCAUUAUCUCGUGUCUUUUGGAUACAGACAUUGGCAGUGUGAAUCCUGAUCUACAUUCCCAUCGCCCAUUUACAGAGGAAGAAAUCAAGUGGGUACGUCAAGGUGAGAUAAUGUGGCUAUUAUUUAUACCAAAAGGAUCACUUCCAGAGUCGUUGAACCAAUGCACUCGAAUAGAGGCCUCCAUUGCUAGUGACUGCCCAAGCUUGAGAGUGCACAAGUGUGGAUUCCAACUUCUCUACCUGCACGAUGAGGCGGAGUUUAAGGAAACAAUAAGGCAUUGCAAUAAGCAAAACCGCCAUAAAGAUUACGAGACAUCAAUAACGAGAUCCAAUUUUGAUCCCACGAUCCAAGACAAGGGAGAACAAGUUGUACAAUAAUAAACUCACCUCUCAAUUAGUGUCAUACUGCUGCUUGUUUUGUUCCUUUUGUUUUUAUUUCUCUUCUUUUU